AUGGUUCUCCUGUUGAGUGAGUUUAGGUUAUGUUUGAUGCGCAUCAAUAACCUUAGGGUUUCACCUAUAGAGGUCAAACGCCAACUUAACCUAAUUGACCCUCGUUCUAGCUUAAACCAAAUCAAGAUUUCUCAAGUCUUUCACUGCGACGGCUUACUGUUAUGCGUUACCGGCGAUAGAAUCCCUAGGCUCGUGGUUUGGAAUCCGUGUACUGGUCAAACAAGAUGGAUCGAGAUCAAUCCUUUUAGGAAAGCCGCUACGUAUGCUCUUGGAUUUUACCAAGACAAAACGUCCAACGUUGAUUAUAGCUACAAAAUAUUGAGUGGCAUGGUUUAUAGGCCUUCUAACAACAAACAAGAAUUCCAAGUUUAUGCGAUGAAGUCUAAUUCAUGGAGGGAUCUUGAUGCAACUUUGGACUUCAUCAUUAAGGAACUUGAUCGGGGCGUGUCUUUGAAGGGAAAGACUUACUGGAUUGCUGAUGAUAUAAUAAGUCUGGGACACAAAACAUUCUUGGUAAGUUUUGACUAUUCAACAGACAUAUUUGAACAUCUAUGUCUUCCGCAACAGUGUUCUAGGUCUGAAACUCUGUCUCUGUCCGUUGUUAGAGGAGAGAAACUUUCGGUGUUAAUACAACGUGAACAUGAAAAGAAGACAAAUAUAUGGGUGUCAAAUAAGAUUGGUGAGACCGAAGUGGUGUCGUGGAGCAAGGUCUUAGCAGUAGAUUUAGAUUUUUAUAUGCCUGUGGAUGGCAGAAGUUUCCUUGUCGAUGAGGAGAGAAAAGUCCUCGUGUGUUGUAGUUUGAACUUCCGUGUACACAUCGUUGGAGACGACAAUAAUGUCAGAGAUUACGCAGUUACUACGUCAUUGUAUCCGAUAUCUUUGUUUAGUUACGUGCCAAGUUUGACUCAAAUCCAGCAAGAUAGCGGAGGCAAAAGAAAAAGAGGCGACGAAUAA